AUGAAUGACGAUGAAGAGGUGAUUGCUAUUAAGGAUAUGAGUGCGGAUGAUAAAAGGAAAUACAAGAAUGAGAAAAUGAUGCUAAGGUUGAAUGAUAAAACAACCAACUUGUCACCGAAAGUUGAAACUGCAUUCAACGCAAAGAAUUCAUCUGGUAGUUCAUCAAAAGGAUCAAACAACAAUACAAGCUUCUCAUCAUUUCCAUCAUUUGAUCCAAAUGUUUCUACAACAAGAAAUGGCAAAAAGCUUCAAUGCAACAUUGUGUUGAAUAUUGAAAAUGAUCAGGAAUAUUCUGAGGAUUUAGCAAAAAGCCAUAUGAUCUAUCCUACUGUUGAAGGCAAGAAGGCAUUUGAAGAUGAUGAAGUAACUGAAGAAAAGAAUGCUGAAAAAGUUUCUGAAGAAAAGACUCCAGAGAAAAAGACUGAGAAAAAGAAAGACAUUAAGAAAAAGGCUGACAAGAAAAAUUCUGGUACAUCAUCAGAAGAAGAAGAAAAGAAAGAAUUUUGGAGACAGUCAAACAGAGAGUUACUUGCAAAGAAGCAAGAAGAAAUGAAGAAUGCUAAUCAGAGAAAGAAAACUCGAACCUGUUUCAAAUGUGAGUUUGGAUAUGAUAGACCUGCCAAUGACAAAGGCGAAGAAAUCCCACUCAAGAGCUUAACCACUGAUGACAAGAAAAACUUCUCAUAUGAACAGAGAAUGAUUGCUCUAAUCCAAUCAUCAAUUAAAGAUGACAUUUUUGCAUCACUUGAACAUGACGGGUCAUCAAAAUCUGUUUGGGAAGCUUUACGGGUUAAAGCUGAGGGUGGUAAACAAAUCAAAAAGAACAAAAUAGCGUUACUUAAAAAAGAAUUUGAUUUAUUUGACGGUUUAAAAGGUGAAUCUGUAAGACAAAUGAUAGAAAGAUUUUGUCACCUUAAAAUCGUACUCGAUAGGUUUGGAAUUGUCAAAACACGUGAAGAAAUUAUUGAUAAAAUCAUUGAAGCGUUACCACGAGCUGAUCAGUGGCAAACGUUCGUGUUUAUUUUAAAAAAUGAUGUGUUGUAUGAAACAAUCACUCUCGCUGUGUUGAUUGAAAAGACUGAAACUCAUGAACUUGAAUUGCAGAAACAGAACAAGAUGAGUAGCUCUUCGCAUCAACAGAAUGUCGGUCUUUACUACAAGGGCAAUGUACCUCAGGCGAUCUAUCACAAGAACAGAGAGGAAUCACCAAGGUUGAAACAAAUUGAAGAUAAUCCUAAAAAGGAGAAAUCAAGAGCUUGUGUUGUGAUUCAAGAUGAUGAACGGUUUGACUGGAGCGAAUUCCUUUCAGAAGAUGAUCUUGUUGAUGAUCGGUUCACAGCUCAUGGCAGAACUAUAUCAUCAAACAUACAUCGUGCAUUUGUUGCCGAGAUAAAGGAAAGAAGUCGAGAAGAGAUUCUGAAAGAGAAAACAUACAGAGAGAGAUGCAUUGUUGGAUACAGAAUUGAAGAGAUGGAGAAAGAGUAUGAAGAAGCUAUAAGCAAUGGAAGAUAUGACAAAAAGCGAGAAUGUUGUGUCAACAGAGAUGGUGAACCAGUUGUCCACAAGAAGGAAAUAGUUUAUGAAAAUGUUCUUGCAGUAAUCCCUCUAUCUGGCGAAUUUUAUUCAAAUCUUGCGAAAGAUAAGAAUUAUGAGAAAAAGUUGAAGAAAAUUGUCAGAGACGUCAUGACAGUGAGUCUACGACGAAGAGAUGAAGAGAGGAUGAAGAAGAAUGUUGAGAAUCUGGUGGAUGAACUGAAGAAAGUUGCUGAGGAAAAGAAUGUUGAUGAAGAAAAGAAGGCAGAAGAAGAGACUGUGAAAGAUGAAUAUAAUCUGAAGAAAGAAGAAGAAGCUGAGAAGAAGUUUGAAAGCUCGGUUAAAGUGAAUGAUGGUGCUAUUGUUGGUGAGGAACAGCAAAACAGAGAAGUCGAUCAAACAAAGACGGAAGCGAAAGCCGAAGAGCCAAUCACUAAGGUGCUUCCGAAGAAAACUGAAUGCCAUCAAGAGGAAUGUCGGAGCAGCCUGGCACAAGAAGAGGCUGCUGGUCCCUGCGACUACUAA